CCUUCUCGGAUUCCGUUUAACUUGUAGCCAGUGUUCACAACAACCAAAAGCGAAUACUGUCGAGCUUGAGAAAACAUACUGCAUUUCACGUUUACGAAGCGAUCAAUAAUUUAUCUACCACUGCCAAUACACUGAGUUCUGGUGCUAAGGACACACGCCGACUGAAAACAGAAUACCAAAGAUACAAUGAAGCACACCCAAUGAUGGAGUCUCAGAGGAAGAGCUCUGGAGAGGACAGCCCUGGGGAAAGAGGAUUGCUCCACUUGUGGAAGGGCUACUCCUGUAGUCUCACCCCAGACAGGGUUCUCCUUCCCCGGCCAGUGCUGCAGGUAGCCCUGGGAACCAGCCAUGGAGUUAUGCUCGUGGAAGGGGGGCAGGUGUACAGCUUUGGGGCAUUGCCGUGGAAACAGACCCAGGUGUCGGAGCCUCUGGAGCCCGUUCUUGAGAGCACGCUCAGCGGCCAGCGCGUCGUCUCCGUGGCGGCGGGCGGGCGCCACAGCGGGGCGGUGACGGAGGACGGAGGGGUGCACAUGUGGGGGGAGAACGCCGCGGGCCAGUGUGGGGUGCCAGGGGUCAGCGUAGUCCCCAACCCCACCCCUGUGGGCGUGCUGGACCCAGACACUUGCCCCCCUCACAGCGUCCGCAUCCUGGAGCUGGCGUGCGGGGAGCAGCACUCCCUGGCUCUUUCCGCCCAGCACGAGGUGUGGGCCUGGGGCAGCGGCUCCCAGCUGGGCCUGCUCACCACGGCCUUCCCUGUGUGGAAGCCCCAGAGGGUGGAGCAUUUGGCGGGGAGGCACGUGCUGCAGGUGGCCUGUGGAGCGACGCACAGCCUGGCCCUCGUGCGCUGCCUGGGCCCCCUGGAUCUUCGCAGGCCCUUCCCUGACAAGUGUGGCCAGUGCCACCAGCAGCUCUACACUAUGACUGACAAGGAGGACCAUGUGAUCAUCUCAGACAGCCACUACUGCCCCCUGGGAGUGGAGCUGGGGGAGGGGGAGGCCAGGCCAGGCCUCGGGGGAGGCUCCAAGGCACCGCGUCUCCGUAGUUCUCCAUCAGAACCCCUCCUCUCCUCCCUCAGCUCGGUCUCGGCACCCCCUGCCUCUCCUGCUGGGCCCCCAGAACCUUCCUCCAAAGACCCCGGACUCACCCAGCCACAGCCCUGCGGAACAGACCCAGAGCAUGUCCUCCCUCCACCGCACCCUACAGAACCACAACCCCCACCGCCCUGCCCCACAGCCUCAGGUCACUCCCACCCCCAGGCCCCCCAGGGGAGGGAAACAGGCAACCCCCAGAGAGACCCCCAGCCCUCGUCGGCCCAUGUGGACGGCAGUCAGGCCGCUGGGGGUGGAGGUGGGGGCGCGGGGGCCAAGAGCUCCCCUUACCCAGACGAGCAGGAGGUGAAGGACUACCUGAAGAGGCUUUCAGACCAGACUCUGGCCGAGCAGACGGCCAAGACCCUCGCUGGAGCGACCGCUCUGCAGCCCGUCCUGGAGCCCGACCCUCCGGAGCCAGAAGCAGGCAGUCAGCCCCCCAGCACGGCCAGCUCCACCCUCAACAGCCUGGUCGUGUCCUGUGCCUCGGCUGUGGGCGAGCGCGUGGCCUCCACCUACGAAGCCCUCUCCCUGAAGAAGAUGAUGAACUACUACUACCCCUCGGUGGGUGUCGGGGGGCCUGGGGGGGCCCCUGGGGUGGCCCCUGGGGGCCCCGGGGAGGGGGGUCUGGACAGGGUGCUCCUGGAAGAGACCAUGCAGGGGAAGAAGAGCUCCAGUUUGGGGGACAUCCGCGAGGAGGAGGCGGAGGGGCUGAGGAGACGCCUCUCUCUGCCCGGACUCCUCUCUCAGGGUAGAUACGCUGUUCACCUCUUAUCCUCCUCCUAUACUAGUCUGUUGUCUCCCAGGCUGCUGCGUAAGUCCAGCCGGCCCAGACUGCAGGCCACGCCCCUCACGCCUGUGGGCGGAGUCCCAGAGGCUCGGGAGCUCCUCCCCUCUCUGCACACAGAGGUGUGGAGCUGGGGGCGGGGAGACCAGGGCCAGUUGGGCCAUGGUGACACUCUACCCCGGCUGCAGCCUGUGUGCAUCAAGAGCCUGAGCAGUAAGGAGGUGGUCCGGGUGGUUGCAGGGGCCCACCACUCAGUGGCUCUAACUGCCCAGUCCCAGGUGUUUACCUGGGGCAGCAACAGUUCAGGACAGCUGGGACACAUGGAGUCUCCCAGCACCAUCCCCCGGCUGGCCAAGCUGUCGGAGGGGAUCCGUGUGUGGGACGUGGGGGCGGGGGAGCAGCACACGGUGCUCCUGGCUGAUGGGGACUGCUGCCAGCCCAUCCUGUACUACAGCGGCCUGCAGGUGAGGGAGGGCCCCGCCCUCCAGGACCUCCCGUGGGCAUACACCCAGCAGCCCGUACUGCUGCCCUUCUGCAUGAACCUGGGCUACGUGAGCGGGGUGUGUGCGGGCGGCCAGACCUGCGUGGCGCUCGCUGACCGUAACGUCACGGGCUUCAUCGCCAGCUUCCACGAGCUGGCCGCCGCUGAGAGGAAGCUCUACUGCAAGCUGAGCAGCAUCAAGGGCCAGAUACUGCGCCCCCUGCUGGACCUGGAGUCCCUGGGCUCGGCUCUGGGCCCGUGUGCAGGCCUGUUCCAGAUGGUGGUGGCUCGCUUCAGCCACCUGUGUCACCUGAGCGGCCAGCACUCUGCUGCGCUGACCUCCAGGCUGCAGCGGGGUCGACAGGUCAGGGGCCUGGUCCUCCUGGACAACAGCAGCAUCUUCCUGGACUCCUACAGAGAGUACUGCUGCUCUGUGGGGAACCUGCAGGUCAUGGGGGGUUUCCAAACCCUGGCCAAGCCCUGCCUGGAUGUGUUUGGGAAGAGCCCCGAGGUGCUGCAGCGCCUGGCUGAGUCCAGCGAUGACAGCACUUCCCCCUCCGACCUGCUGACGGCGCUGUUCCACCUGCCUCUGCUGCACCUGCAGCAGUACGCCCGGCUGCUCCUCAAGCUGGCCGGCUGCUUUGAAGCGACUUCUGAGGACCACCAGCAGCUCCAGGAAGGCUGCUCCAGGUUCGAGGCGCUGGCUCUUCACCUGAAGAGGAAGAGGAAGGAGGCAGAGUACACCUGCCACUUCUGGAAGAGCUUCCCUGGCAAGAUGACUGAUUCCCUGCGGAAGCCGCAUCGCAGGCUGAUCUGUGAGAGCAGCAACAAGGCUCUGACGCUGCAGAACGCCGGAAGGUUCUCGGUCAACUGGUUCAUCCUCUUCAAUGACGCCCUCGUCCACGCUCAGGGCGUGGUGCCUUAUAAAAGCCUUUUCUCCACCCAUCACGUCUUCCCAUUGGCCACUCUGUGGGUUGAGCCUAUCCCGGAAGAGAACACUGGCCAGUACGGGCUCAAGGUGAUAUCUCCUGAAGAGACGUUUGUGCUGCUGGCCUGUUCUUCGAUGGAGAAGACCAAGUGGCUCCGCUCCAUCAACCAGGCAGUGGACCUGGCUCUGAGCGUGUCGGGGCAGGAGGCUGGGGCAUCAGCCUCGGGGGCGGGGCAGAGGGCGGAGCCUCCCAUCUCCCGGACCGCCUCCUACACCUUCUACAAGGACAGCCGUCUGAAGGAGGCCACCUACGAGGGGCGCUGGCUGGCCGGCAAGCCCAACGGGAGGGGUGUGGUGAGGUGGUCUGAUGGGAGAAUCUACACGGGAACCUUCAAGAAUGGACUGGAGGAUGGGUAUGGAGACUACGUGGUGCCCAACAAGGCUCUGAACAAGAGUGACCACUACCAGGGUCACUGGAAGGAGGGGAAGAUGCACGGCCAGGGGUUAUACAGGUACGCUACAGGGGAGGUGUACGAGGGCUCCUUCCAGGACAACAUGCGUCACGGCCACGGCAUGCUGCGCAGCGGCACGCUCAACUCCUGCUGCCCCAGCGUCUUCAUCGGCCACUGGCUGCAGGACAGGAAGUGUGGCUACGGCGUGCUGGAUGACAUCACCAGGGGGGAGAAGUACAUGGGCAUGUGGCAUGACGACCAGCGGCAGGGCACAGGCGUCAUCGUCACCCAGUUUGGCCUCUACUACGAAGGAGCUUUCUGCAACAACAAGAUGAUGGGUACUGGGGUGCUGCUGUCUGAAGAUGAUACUACUUAUGAAGGGGAAUUUUCAGAGGACUGGACUCUCAAUGGGAAGGGGGUGCUCACCAUGCCUAAUGGAGACCUGUUUGAAGGCUCCUUCUCUGGGGAGUGGGGCUCGGGGUUAAAGGUCACAGGCUCCUACUUCAAACCCAACCUCUACGACACAGACAAGGACAAGACCCACUCGGUUAAGCUGGGCCGCCUGGUGGUGUGUGCGGAGGACAAGUGGAGGGCUGUGUUUGAGGAGUGCUGGAGCCAGCUGGGCUGUGAGGCCCCGGGGCAGGGCGAGCACAGCCAGGCCUGGGACCACAUCGCUGUGGCCCUCACCUCCAGCAGGAGGCAGCACCGAGACAGCCCGGAGCUGGGACUGAGCCGGACUCAGAGUAAGACCUUAGAGAGUCUGGAGUUUAUUCCCCAGCAAACAGGCCCUGUUACCAUGGAGACGUACGACAGUAUCCGCCAUUACCUCAUCAAGGCGUGUGACACCCCCCUGCACCCCCUGGGGCGUCUGCUGGAGGCGCUGGUGGCCGUCUACAGGAUGACCUACGUGGGCGUGGGCGCCAACCGCAGGCUCCUCCCCCAGGCCGUCAGCGAGGUCAUGUCCUACCUGGCACGCAUCUUCCAGCUGGUCAGGUUCCUGUUCCCUGAUCUACCAGAAGAGGGCGGUCUCAUCCCAGAACCCUCCAGCCUGGACACGAAGGAGUCUUCCUCCACCAGCAACCAGCUGGAGUCCCCUAAACCUGGGCGUGUGGUGAGCAGCUCGGCCCUGCUCCUGCCCGUGCUGCUGCCUCGUCUCUACCCCCCUCUGUUCACGCUGUACGCCCUGGAGAAGGAGCGCGAGGACGACGCCUACUGGGACUGUGUCAUCAGGCUGAACAAGCAGCCUGACCUGGCCCUGCUGGCCUUCCUGGGCGUGCAGCAGAAGUUCUGGCCCGUGUCUUUCUCCUCCUCAGACCCCGUGUUGGGAGACAAGCAGCAGGUUCUCUCCACUACUAAGGACUCCUGCUUUGCGUCUGCAGUAGAGACCUUGCAGCAGAUCAGCACCACUUUCACCCCAUCAGACAAGCUGCAGGUCAUCCAAAUGACCUUCGAGGACAUCACACAGGAAGUGCUGUCCCUGCUGAAGGAGGACUUCCUGUGGUCCAUGGAUGACCUGUUUCCCGUCUUCCUGUAUGUGGUACUGCGAGCGCGUAUCAGGAACCUGGGGUCGGAGGUCAGUCUGAUUGAGGACCUGAUGGACCCCUGUGUCCAGCAUGGAGAGCAUGGGAUCAUGUUUACUACACUCAAGGCCUGCUACUAUCAGAUCCAGCAUGAGAAGAUCUCCUAAGUGCGUGUCCCGCUCCACCCCACCCCCCCCAGACAGACGGAGUGCUCCGCUCCACCCCACCCCCCCCAGACAGACGGAGUGCUCCGCUCCACCCCACCCCCCCCAGACAGACGGAGUGCUCCGCUCCACCCCCCCAGACAGACGGAGUGCUCCGCUCCACACACCCUGCUCUCAGCAUGAGGCACCAGGGCCCGACGGCAUGGCCUGAGGGCGGGGCCGGGAUUGGAGGGCUGCGGGGGGGGGGGGGGGGGGGUGACCUGUCAGAACAGCCAGAGGAGGAUCACCGUGAAGGGACUGCUUACUGCCCAUCUGCUGUGCUGGGGCCCAGUCACCCCCCCUCACACACACACACACUAACCUCCACUAACAUACAGAUAUACACCACUCACAAACACAGCUGAGCUUACUGUAUUGGCCGUUUUUUUUUUUACCGUGAGAAUCAGUUUUCAAGCUCGGAUCAGUUUCCUCUCAGUAUUAUAACACACAGCUCAGUGUGUGUUUGUGAGGCUGUGUGUUUGUAUGUGCCAUGGAACUAAAGACGAUCCACUGUGAAGCGUUUCAUCCAUUCCUGAUUCCUGAACAGACGCUGACGACUGCUUGUCAUCUGAUGGGUCUUCCACCUGUGAGCUGAGCAGCAGCCUGUGCUCUCUCCUGCACCAGGUGUCCCCCCACCAGGGGGAGCUCUUCCAUCACACCAGUCUGCUGACCUCAUGUUCUUCCAUGCACACGCACUCACACCAGUGCCUGGAGGCCCCGGGGGGGGGGGUCUGUGUUGGAAUCUACUGAGGUGUUCUGGUGGUUGUAAUACUGUUCUCAGUGUUUUGAUGGAUUUUUUUUGACAAACUGUUUGUUCGUGUUAUUUUUGAAACACUGUUAUUAUUUUAAUAGUAUGUUUUAUUAUUAUUUUACGUUUACAACAUGGCUUAAGAAAUGGUUCACAAUGUAGAUGAAAGCGAUGGAAGAAGGAAGGUUCUAGUGUAUCAAAGGCUUUAGAAGUGUUAAAGGAAACCUUUUUUCCUGUUGAAGUUCCUAAACUAUCUGUUUCUUUAUCAGUGUUUUGAUCUAUAUAAACAUCUCAGCUGAUGAGAGGAUUCAAUGAGACAGUUCUGUUUGGGACUACCACACUGAUGUGGACCCGACCUUACAGACAUGGGUCCAUACUGCCUGAACAGAAGAAGGAUUCCCUAGAGGAAGUUGGGAAGAAUAUGACAGUUGGACAGUUCACAAGGAUGUCAUUGAAGAACGAUCAGAAACACCCAUCCGUUUCUGGGGUUUAUUACUAUCGCCUCAAUGAACCAAUAGAGAAAGUUAUAAGUAUUUACAUUGUAAUAUUCCUUCAAAGUGGGUAAUCAAAUUAACUGUAUGAGUCCACAAAUCAGUGCAGGUGGACUCAAGUCUUUGUUUUGAUAUGUAUGAAUCAAGUGUUGAGGUGAUUCCGUGGGACAUGGUUGGUGACACACUGUUCAUUAGGACUCACACCGUCCACGUGAAAGUGCUAUUUUAAAUGUAUUUAAGUACCAGAUUUAAAAAAAAUAUGUUAAAUUGAUCGGGUAUUAAUCUUCCUGUUAUAUUUGUACUAGUAGGCUAUGGUUAGCAGCAAACCAGAGGCUUUCCACUGGUGAUGGACUGUGUGGUUAUCUCUCCCUAGGUGCUGGGACACCAUUAACCUAGACAGCAUCUAUGAAAUGUUUCAUUAAGGUCCUGUAGAAAGUGGCUGUUCCUUCAAUUCAAAUAUUCUCAUCUUCCUAAAUUGUUCAUUUCUGUCAGAUACGAACAUAAGACAAAAAGGCAAUAAAGGGAUCUGAUGAG